AUGAGCCUUCAGCGGAUGCCACAGCAGUCACGGGCAUAUUUCCCCGAUGAGGACUGGACCGGUGUCACCAACCCGGCUGCGCGACGCAGGUUACAAAAUCGGCUGAACCAAAGAGCCUACCGUUUACGCCGACAAGGGCGGGACAAAGGAGCAGGGCAGACGAACAGUGCCCAACCUGCGUCCGCUGGUCCCCGCCACCCUACUCUUGUCGCGACUACCGCAAAGUCGCCGGCGCAACAUGACUCGAUUACGUGCGGGCUAUCCGAGGUGCAGCACUUAGAGUGUACUUUUGCCCCUCCAAAUGUACAUGAACUUAUGACCCAGUUCGAGCGGCGAGCCAUGGCACGCUAUGUCGAGGGUUCGCCGAGAACAGACCUUCUCCUCAAUUUGAGUAGGUUAAAUGUUCUACGAGCAGCCUACCAAAACGUGCUUGCAAUUGGUAUGACUGUCGAAUGGAUGUGCCGAGAUAGUACGAUUUCCAUUUUUAGUUUGGCCAGCCCACGAGGUUGUGAGGAUAGCAUUCCUCACAGUUUACAACCAACGCCAUUGCAGCGAACCGUGCCGCACCACCCAUGGCUUGAUAUCUUCCCAAUUCCACAAAUGAGGGACAAUCUCAUCCGUGCAGGGAAAGAUUUAGAUGAUGAUGAGUUGUGCCAUGACCUCACGGCAUUCUGGGAUACACGUAGUAGCAACGCAACAAUGCUUGUAUGGGGAACACCUUGGGAUCCCGAGAACUGGGAGGUCACGGAGGAUUUUGCAAGGAAGUGGCGCUUCUUCCUUCGAGGUUGCCCUGAGAUUCUUCUUUCGACAAAUAAAUGGAGAGUCAGGAGGGGUGAAAAACCGCUCGUUUGGAAGAAGGUUUUUAGUAGUGCAUGA